UCUGGGGCUUAUAUAACUGCCAAUUCUAAGGGCCAAUUUACUUCUAUUACAUUUAGGACAUGGGGGCCCUCAGUUUUUGCCUUUUGCUCUUCUGUAUUUUUGUUGUUGGCAACAGCAGCACCCCAGAUUGUGUUGGAGAGCAAGAAGGGAUACCGACUAACCUUACACAGAUAUCUGGAUUAUGGAACUUGAUGGCAUUAUCACUGUGCCCACUUUAUCCAUUUACAAUUGAUUUUGUAACCUAUAUGUACGCAAACAUAUCAUUUACAGAAAAAGAUGGGAAUUUUACUGUCUUUGUUGAUCCAAUGCAAGCAAUUGAAGGGUUGGACUUUUACUAUGAGAGAAUACCUGGAACACCGUCUUAUAAGUAUGUAGCAAACGGUGAAAUCAUUGCCAUGCAUGUCCACACCCAGCCAGACAGUAUUAUUUUUUAUGAAAGAAUCAAUGGUACAUUGUGUGGGGCAUUUUUGAACAGUAAAGGAGCAUCCCUUCCAGAAGAUGAAUUAGAGAACUUUAAAGAGUGGAGCAAAUGCAAUGGUUUAGAUCAAGUCAAAGUUUUAAAGCCUCCCAUCAGUUAUGCUCGUGUAUGCCAUGGCCACUUUGAAAUUUCAGAAAAACUAAAGGAACUUAAGGAUACAGAAACCUGGACUCUCAUUGCCAAAGCUUCUACCUACCCUGAUCCUCAUUAUCAUAUUAAGCUUCUAUACUCAGUAAAACUAGAGAUCAGCAAAAAUGGAAAUGGGUAUACAGUGAGAGAGAUCCAGACUGUGUCGGUGGUGGAGAAGACCUUGAUGGAGCUGAAAUAUGAGGAAGGGCUAACAGGAAGUAAUAUAAAACUGCUUGAAUUUAAGACUGAUGAGAAUAUGCUUCUCCUGGGAAUCCAAAGUGAGGCAGGAAAAACUUUAUAUCUAGCUUCUAAAACACCUAAAGUAACACAGUCUUACCUGGACAAAUUUGAUGUGCAUGCUAAGUGUUUUCAAGGAAACUACACUUAUUUUGUUUCUGGGAUUAAAGAAGAAGCUACAGACUGAAAACUACAGAAAUGUUCUGUGACAGACACAUACAAGACCUGAAUAAAGCAUAUACAGUAAUUGUUACUAUAUCAA